AUGGCUGCUACCGAGACUCAACACGCUGUCGCGCCUUUGCAACCAAAAGAUGCUGUCUUGCGCGAUACCGCAACGACACCAUGGGAGCUCGUCAACAACGCCAUUGCCCUAGGGUCCCCUGACGCGCAGUUCUGGUGGCAGGGCGCCGGCCGCAUCUUUGCGCGCCUCCUCGAGGCCGCCCACUACGCCCCGGACAAGCAGAUCGCCGAGCUGACCUUCUUCGCCCUCUUCGUUGCCCCGGAGCUCGGCCCGGCCCCCGACCCGCCCACGGGCGAGUCCGCGAGGGGCACGGUCCGGUACGCGUUCGAGCCUAUCGGGCCGCACGCCGGCACGUCGGCCGACCCGCUCAACAGGCACGCGACGGACCUGUGGAUCAAGAAGCUGCAGACCCAUGGCCUUGUGCCGGGGCUAGACACGAGCUGGUACGACCACUCCGCGCGGCAGGUGCUGCCGCAAGAAGACGUUGUGCGCACAAAGACGGCCGACGGCUUCAUCGAGGAGACGACGCCGCUGGCCGGCUGCUUCGUCGCGCGGGACCUGGAGCCGACGGGGCCGGUCGUCAAGGUGUAUGUCUACCCGGGCCUCAAGGCGGCCGAGCCGGGCCUCACGAACCUCGAGACGGGCAUCGCGGGCAUCGACUGCAAGGCGCCCGACGAGGGCGCGCGCAUCAAGAUCUACCGAGGGCGCCGUGUGCGGGACCUGCUGGCCUUUUGGGACGCGUUCCCGGGCGAGGCGCCCGACGUGCUGCCGGCCGACCUGCCGGGUCGCGCGAGCCCGGGCUUCUACUACACCGUCGGGUGCGGGAGGCCCGUCGCGCCCAAGCUGUACCCGGCGGUUAUCUUGUGGGCGCCGGUUUCGAGGGGUGACGACGUCAUCGGUCCGUUGUGA